AUGGCAGAUCCUAUACAGCCAACCGAAGCUGCAGUCAGGAUGGAACUCCCUACCUACAACAUGAAUGCACAAACACGGUUCAUACAACUCGACGCGAUUUUCCAAGCCAGGCAUGUGACGUCCCAGCAGUCGAAAUUCGCAUUUGUGGUGGAGAAGCUUCCCGCUGAAAUUGCUGCGGAGGUAGCGGAUGUCCUUAUUAAUCUCCCGCCCGAAAAGCCGUAUGAGUUGCUCCGGCAGGCAAUCUUACCACGAACAGGCUGCUCCGAGGAGCGAAAGAUUAAGGAUCUUCUGACGAAUGUCACACUCUGGGACAGCAAACCCUCCCAACUUCUUCGGAGAAUGAUAACGCUACUCGGAGCGGAUUUCUUCGCACACUUCAACUUGUCCGUCGAACUGUCAACUCGUACGCUUACCGAUAUGUGCACAGAUAUACGACGACGAGGAUUUUUUAUCCAAGCUUUCCACGAUUGGACUAACUACUUUUUAAUACCUAGUGCAAAUGGUUGCGAAGAUUUGAUUAAGCAGUACAAAUCUCUUUUAUCAUCAUUCACUCAUACAGAACCCAUAAAGCACAACACGACACAUACAAUUAAGACAACUGGACCCCCAGUCCACGUUUCACCCCGUCGUUUACACCCAACUAAAUUACGGGUGGCUAAGGAAGAAUUCGAUAAUAUGCUCAAGAUGGGCAUAAUAAGACCAUCUUCCAGUCCUUAUGCCACACCGUUACACAUGGUCCCUAAGAGCGAACCUGAUAGCUGGCGACCGUGUGGAGAUUACAGACUCCUAAACGCUCAAACUGUGCCAGACAAAUAUCCAAUUCCUCAUAUUAAGGACUUUGCUUUGUCCCUUGAAGGCGCUACUGUUUUCACCAAACUAGACCGACGGAAAGCUUUUUACCAGAUCCCUAUCGAACCCGCAGUACAGAGUACCGCACUGAACUUUGAUAAUCUAGCUGACGAGCAAGCCAAAGAUGAAACCCUGCAAGCUAUCCACUCAGACACUUCUUUGAAAAUUGAGAAAAGACCGCUCCCGUUUACGAGCAGGUCAGUUUUUAUUGUGACACCAGCACGGGUAACCCGCGUCCGUACAUUCCACCAAGUAUGCGCCGUCUAA